ACGCGACACCGAACAAGUCAAAUACCAUUAUAUUUUACACUUACUUCCUAGCUCUGAUCAUAUUAGGGCUUUGAAUGAAUCAGCGUCAUAAUAACAGACACGACUGCUUGUAGUAGAAACGGUGUAAGCUAUACUUUAUGGACAAGGAAGUGAGUCAUAUGAUAAUCGCUGACGGUAAAAUGACGUGUUUGUCGGUCGACCGAGUCCAACGCGAAUGAAGAAACGUGGAAACACUGUACUACAUUAAAGAAGCUUACUCAGGUAUAAUAUUUGGAUAUAACCGUUUUAAGGAAGUAGAACUGAAGAGAACGAAAAAUAUCCAAUCGUUUUGGAUUCAGCUUAUAUCGUGGUGAGAAUGAAGAAGGAAGUGAGUGCUGGUGUGAACUUUCUGAAAGGUUUGGCAGUGGAGCGUGGAAGUGUGGAUCAAAUUAAAGCCAAACGUUUUGCUUCUAAAUUACAAGAGCUUCUUCUUGAAAAAUUUACAGACCACUGGUACCCAGACAAUCCUAGCAAAGGACAGGCGUACAGAUGCAUCAGAAUAAAUGACAGAAUUCCCUUUGAUGAAUUACUAUCACAAGCGUGCAUGGAGAGCGGCUUAAAGCCAAGUGAAUUGGGUUUUCCUCGUGAGAUCACAAUAUGGAUCGACCCGUCGGAGGUGUGUGUGCGGUCUGGGGAGAAUGGCAGAUAUUUUACAGUAGCUCAGUUUGCUAAAGUGGAGGAUGAGGAAAAUGACUUGAAUCAUGAAGAUACUUUUAGCCAAGUGGAUUCUGUGAAUCUGGAUACAUCGGACUACCAUUCAGCGACCUCAUCUGACUGUGGCUCAGCAGUCUCAAGUGAUACAGAAGAAGAGGUGAAAGAGGAUGAAACGAAAAAAGUGGAGCAGAGUACAGUGAAGAACACAGUUCAUACAACAAGAUCUAAAGCAAGGGAGACUAAAGGGCCACGCAAGUUUCCUCCAGCUCGGAUCACUGGCCUGCAGUACUUUUAUAACCCUGCGCCAAUGUGGCCCCAGUACAAGAAGAAGAGAGGCAUGUUCUUCACGACUGUAUGUGCACCGGCACCUUCUCCGUUGUUUGCUUACUACGUCGUACCCAAAGCCCCUCCCCACCAAUCCACAGUGCCUCACGCUGCCCUCCAAACCUGGGGGACAGUGAAAGGGUAAAGAGCUCGAAACCAUGUAAGACGUAUCUGCCAAUCUGCAGGGAACUUUAUAGCGUAUCAUAAACUUGAAAUAUAGCCUAGUGUCAAGCAUGUCAACUAUUUAACUUUUCACUGAUUUGAAGCAUAAUCUAAUGAACUUUAAAGCUGCAGUCCAUAACUUUUUUUGGUUAAAAAUGAUCCGAAAUCAAUAUUUGAGCAAGUACAUAACCAGCCAGUGUUCAAAACUGCAGCCUUACUUUAGCCCGAUUCACAA